CUAGCCAAUUUUGUGGAACGUUUGAAUGAGGGAUUCAUCAGCCAGAAUGAUCGGAGGUUUGCCAUCAAGCUUUUAGAAGAUCUGGUUUUCUUUGUAGUGGAUGUUCCCAAUAAUGGUCAAAAUGUGCUAGAUGUAACAAUCACCAAACCAAACCGAGAACGGCAGAAGCUCAUGAGAGAGCAGAACAUACUUAAGCAGAUAUUUGGUAUCCUAAAGGCUCCAUUCAAGGACAAAAAUGGUGAGGGACCAUUACUCAGACUAGAAGAACUUUCUGACCAGAAAAAUGCUCCAUAUCAGUAUAUGUUUAGACUGUGCUAU